CAUCAGAGCCGCAGGCGGGCGGAGAGAGCCGCCGAGCCCAGCCGAGCCGAGCCCCAGCCCCAGCGAGAGAGCGGGCGGGUGGCCCAGGCGCGCAGCGGUGAGGACCGCGGCCAGAGCUCGGCGCCAACUACCGCGGGCCUCCCAGCCAGCCCCGCGGCGGGGCAGCCGCAGGAGCCCUGGCUGUGGCCGGGGGGCAGUGGGCCAUGCCGGGGGCAGUUGAAGGCCCCAGGUGGAAGCAGGCAGAGGACAUUAGGGACAUUUACGACUUCCGAGAUGUUCUGGGCACGGGGGCCUUCUCGGAGGUGAUCCUGGCAGAAGAUAAAAGGACGCAGAAGCUGGUGGCCAUCAAAUGCAUUGCCAAGAAGGCCCUGGAGGGCAAGGAAGGCAGCAUGGAGAAUGAGAUUGCUGUCCUGCACAAGAUCAAGCACCCCAACAUUGUAGCCCUGGAUGACAUCUAUGAGAGUGGGGGCCAUCUCUACCUCAUCAUGCAGCUGGUGUCGGGUGGGGAGCUCUUUGACCGUAUUGUGGAAAAAGGCUUCUACACGGAGCGGGACGCCAGCCGCCUCAUCUUCCAGGUGCUGGAUGCUGUGAAAUACCUACAUGACCUGGGCAUUGUACACCGGGAUCUCAAGCCAGAGAAUCUGCUAUACUACAGCCUGGAUGAAGACUCCAAAAUAAUGAUCUCCGACUUUGGCCUCUCCAAGAUGGAGGACCCGGGCAGUGUGCUCUCCACCGCCUGCGGAACUCCGGGAUACGUGGCCCCUGAGGUCCUGGCCCAAAAGCCCUACAGCAAGGCUGUGGAUUGCUGGUCCAUAGGUGUCAUCGCCUACAUCCUGCUCUGCGGUUAUCCCCCCUUCUAUGAUGAGAAUGAUGCCAAACUCUUUGAACAGAUUUUGAAGGCCGAGUACGAGUUUGACUCUCCUUACUGGGACGACAUCUCUGACUCCGCCAAAGAUUUCAUCCGGCACUUGAUGGAGAAGGACCCAGAGAAAAGAUUCACCUGUGAGCAGGCCUUGCAGCACCCAUGGAUUGCAGGAGAUACGGCUCUAGAUAAGAAUAUCCACCAGUCGGUGAGUGAGCAGAUCAAGAAGAACUUUGCCAAGAGCAAGUGGAAGCAAGCCUUCAAUGCCACGGCUGUGGUGCGGCACAUGAGGAAACUGCAGCUAGGCACCAGCCAGGAGGGGCAGGGGCAGACGGCGAGCCACGGGGAGCUGCUGACACCAGUGGCUGGGGGUGAGGAGCAGAUUCUGCAGAAGGGCAUGGGUGGUCCACAGAGAGGCACCUGGGCUGGAGUGGAGGGCCUGCCCCUCCAGCCAGCUCUGUUCUCUCUUCCCAUGCAGGGCCGGCAACUGGCUGUUGCUGUCGAGACUGCUGCGUGGAGCCGGGCCCAGAACUGUCCCCUACACUGCCCCACCAGCUCUAGGGCCCUGGACCUCGGGUCAGGAUCCCGUGUGGGAGGGCUUGGGGGCAGCCUGCUCCUCUUCCCUCCCUGAACUGGGAGUUUCUCUGCCCUGUCCCCUCCUCACCUGCUUCCCUACCACUCCUCACUGCAUUUUCCAUACAAAUAUUUCUAUUUUAUUGUUCCUUCUUGUAAUAAAGGGAAGAAGAUAAAACCA